AUGAUCGUUACAUUCACAACCGCACGGAUGACUCCUCUCUCCUCCACCCCUGUCCCCCAGUUCAAGAAGGUCAAGGUUGGAAAUCGGAGACUUGAUCGUACUAUGUGCCGAAUUCCAACCUCACCACUCCCUUCCACUCCUCUCUCCCUCGCACACCCACGCAUCUUCUCUCUUUCUCCCUCCCUCGCACCCUUAUGCAUCCUCCCCACACCCACUCCCCUACUCCCCCUCCACCCCCUCACACACCAGUUCAAGAAGGUGAAGUUCAAGAAGGUCAAGGUGGACAAUCGGCGGCUAGGGUCCUACUUCGUGCCAAAUUACAACCUCACCACUCCCCUCCACCCCUCUCCCCCUUUCCUUCAAAAGCUAAAGAAGACCACGAACCACAAGACGGCCGUCUACACGAUGAACCCUAAGUGGGCUACACUCCUGCCUUACACCGAUGCCAUUGUCUUCAACGCAGGCCACUGGUUCUUCCACCCGCCCAAGGACCAGACCACUCCCUGGUACCCCAUUCCAGUCAUGAGCAAGGCGCUGGUAACCGUGCGGGACUAUUUUGCCAAGGCGAACUACAAGGGAGCUGCCGUGUUCUUCACCUUCUCCCCCGUGCACGACAAGGGCUACUGCAACGCCGCCCAGCCGUUCCCGCCGAACGUGAAAGCGGAGCUUCAUCCUCCCAGCCAUGAAGAAACAGGUGACAGUAAUGAAGCGGUCAACCAUGAAAGUGGCAGAAAUCACCUACAUGAGCGCCAUGCGCCCUGA